CGCCUAGCCGCUCCUUCCGGCCCUUGGCUCCGCUCGGCUCCGCUCGGCUCUCCUCCGCCGCGCUCGCCUUCGCCUUCGGCUGUUUCCGGAGCCGCAAGCGGCGAGCUGCGGAGCCGCUCCCCGCGCGGGCUGCAGAUGUCGGACAGGCAGCAGCAAGCAGCUGAGGGGCCGGCCUUCUGGAGUCCCGCAGCUCGCCGAGGGUCUGCGGGCGGCGUCGGGGACGGACUGGGAGUGGAGGAGAGGCAGGCGGCCACCUCAGAGAAGGAAGAUCUGGAAAGUACCAAAGCCCACUGUCCACUGGCUUCUGCCUCUGACCCCGCACUCUGGCCCUCACCCUGCAGGCCACAGAUGGUGUCUCCAGCAAGUAAGGGUACCACAGAAGAUCUACAGAAAGUGGCCUCAGAGGUUCAGGCUCCGGGGGAGCAGGUGUCGCUGCCACCUGGCCAGACCCAGGUUCUCAGUGAGAUGGCCAAGUACCAAGCUCCACAGCGACCUGAAGACACAGUUAUGAUCCAGUCUGAACACACUGGGGCUAUAGAUGUUCUUUCAGCGGAUUUGGAAUCUGCAGAUCUUCUGGGGGACCACAGGAAAGUCUCUCCACCUCUGAUGGCUCCUCCGUGCAUCUGGACCUUUGCCAAAGUGAAGGAGUUCAAAAGCAAGCUGGGCAAGGAGAAGAACAGCCGUCUGGUAGUGAAGCGUGGAGAAGUGGUCACCAUCCGGGUCCCCACCCAUCCUGAGGGAAAGCGUGUCUGCUGGGAAUUCGCAACUGAUGACUAUGAUAUUGGUUUUGGAGUUUAUUUUGACUGGACCCCAGUAACCAGCACAGAUAUAACUGUGCAGGUCAGUGAUUCCAGCGAGGAUGAGGAGGAGGAGGAAGAGGAAGAAGAAGAGAUUGAAGAACCCGUCCCUGUGGGAGAUGUGGAGAGAGGCUCCAGGAGUUCUCUACGGGGCCGCUAUGGGGAGGUCAUGCCUGUGUACCGGCGGGACAGCCACCGAGAUGUGCAAGCUGGCAGCCAUGACUACCCUGGGGAGGGCAUCUACUUGCUCAAGUUUGAUAACUCAUACUCCUUGCUCCGCAACAAGACUCUCUACUUCCAUAUCUACUACACUAGCUGAAGGAUGCUGGGCUAGGGCAGGCUGUGUUUGCUGGCUGAAGCAGGCUGCCAGCUGGUGCCUCUUGUGUAUAAGCAAGAGCCUAAAGUUCUGUGUGGGGCUCUAAAGCCUCGUGCCCUGCCUGGCAUGCCUGACUUUUGACCCCAUGUAGCUUUUCUCCUUUCUUGGCUUCUGCAGGUGGUGGUGUACUGCUCCUGUUCUGUGGUCCCUGACUCACACUCUUGUCUCUGACUCCAGCAAAAACCUUCUCAGAAGGCCCUAUGAGGCAAAAGCCUAAAAUGAAGUAGAAAGAUGUCUUUUAAAAAAUUGAUUCACUCUGGUAAAGCUCUUCAUUCAGGUUGCUGCUCACUCUUCUCCAGAGCCUGUUAUGCCAGUGUACUUAGUAGCGCCUGCCAUCUUUACAUUUUGAGGUGCCAGAAGAGGGAAAAGCACAUUGUCUGUGAAAGAGCCCAAUAUUUUGGAUGGAGAAUGCUCUAUCCAGCCUCUCACCACUGCCAUAUUCCUGCCUGCCUGCUGGGUAUUUUUAGUCUCUAGCUCAGGCUGGGAGACCUCACUGCCUUGAAUGGAUAUUACUAUUCCUAGUGGUUAGACCCUUCCUCCUUUCUCUUUACCAAGUCUGUGUUUCUGCCAUGUUGUAAGAACCUCCAAGCAAUUGCAAGCUGUGGUCAGUGCCCUAAGAGUAGAAAAGCAGCCUCUAUCACUUCCUGUCCCCAGAGUUAUCUCCCUUACUAGGGGUGCUGGCAGUUGAUGAAGAAAGGGUGGAAGGGAACCACUGAAUUAUGUCAGACCCUGCCCUUUUGGAAAUCAGAUAUUAGUCCCCUCACCCCAUCUUAGGCCAUGUGUGUUACAUAGAAAAUUUGCUUUGGAACCAAAUCAGUGAAACCCAGUCAUGUUUGCAGUGACUCUGGGUUUGUGUUUUCACACUGAGGGCGGCAAGCUUUUGGUGUUCAUGGUCCUUAGGGAAAGUAAUCACGGGAUUCUGCUGUUGCUGCUGACUGUGUGCAUUUACUUGACCAAAGCCUGCAGGCGAUAGACAGCCUCUCACAGUCUGUUCCCCCUGAGGAGCUGGAGUGGCAGGAUGUAUGUAUUGUAGUGGGUGGCCACAGAGCACCAGGUGCUAAGGCCUUAGGUGGAGCGGGCACAGUGGCAUGGCCUCUGCAGCCAUCCGCACUUGUGUUUCUCAGUCUGUGUCAUCUGUCAUUCUUCUGAAUUUUGAAUAAUUAGGUUUAUUUAUUACUUUAUGUUUUUUAAAGUACAUUUCAGAUUGCCUUCGAGACAGCUCCCAUCUGCUUCUCAUAAGGCUUCCCAUCUGCUUUGAGCCACGAAGGCCACCUCUUUUAUGGCACUAAAGAUGAUUUUAGGGCUUGGAAAAUGAUCAUGUAUGUUUAUUCCAACAUGUCAGCCCUGUGAUACUUUGAGACGUCUGCCCCUUCAGAGAUGGAGGACUCCAACCUAGUCUGUGUUAGGUACAUCUCAGUGCUCCCACUGAGGGAUUCUAAGGUGUGAUGGUCGCAGAUCGAGUUAAAGAACUGACUGGCGAGUUAGAGAUAACCGAGCACCAUGAUUAUGGAAUGCCAAAGUCCUUUUCCUCCUCUGACAUCCUCUUCAUGUUUCCGUUGGUACAUUCCUUUAUUGUGUGGUUGCCUUGCACCAAGCCUCUCUGUCCUACAGGAAUGAUCACCCAAAGAGCAGGGUCCUGCCAGUAGGUGUGUGGUCGGGAACAAAGGAUGCAUCCUGUAGGAUGUCAACCUGGAAGCAAAGUGUGGGCUGUAUGGCCUGCCAUAGCCUCUCAGUGGCCACUCAGCACCACAUCUCAUUCUUUUGUCAUUGUAGAUGUGCUUUGUAGGGAUACUGGCAAAAGUCUAUACGCCUUCUAAGAAAUGAGUAAACUGUUUGGGCAGUGAAACAUACUAGCGGCUCGCCAUGGACUCGGAUGGCUGAGCUGAAGCUGAAUCAUGCUUUUACUGACUGAGUAUACUCUCUGUUUAAGAAAACAAAAGAGACAAAGAAGCACCUCUUCGGAGCUAUUUCCAAGUCAGUGGCAGUCUCCAUACUUUUCCGGUUUGUUGUGGACUCCUGACCUGCUCUCAGCCUGGUAGCAAGGCCCCUGGGCUUUCCCUGGUAUGCUCCAUCUUGUCUUUCCUUAGGCUUGUUUUCUUGUAGUGCAUAGCAGGGAAGUUGAGGGGUUUCUCACCUCUCUAUGUACCUGUCACUUGCUGGGUAUUCUGCAAGAGUUACUUCUUACUGAUUUUUCCUCGCAGGGUUAUUUGUUUGUUUGUCUCAUGAACAUAAAUACCUAAAGGAAGACAUGUCCAUAGUAUGAUGCAUUCACUAUUCAUGCACUAAAUUUUUGCAAUAAGAGAACUUGAGAGACAAAGUAUUACUUACUGAAAUGCAGGUAAUUAUGGAGAACACAGAACACAUACCUUGAAGGGUGUAAGAAGUGUCACUUCCUUGGUCCCUCUGUUUUCAAGUUUAAAGAAUCAAACAGUGAAAUAAAUUAUCUGCUUUUACCCUUGCCCUGUUCUCCAGAGCACAAAUAAAUACUAUGCAGUUAAAGAAGGGAGUUCUAAGAGAGCAGAGAUCAGGAUUCUCUUCACAAGAGUGGCUGAGUUCUUAAAUUUUUUCAAUUUGUCUAAUUUUGCUACUUUGUUAAGAGACAGGCUUUUUAAAAAGACAGAUCUAAAGUGCUAUUUUUCCAACAUCUUAUUAUGAAAACUUUCAGCAAACAAAAAGCAUAUAAUUUCAUCCCGCAUAUAUUUUUAAAUUACAAACUGCCAGUUUCUAAACAAAGAUUCUAGCAUUUAGUUUUCUCUGACCAGUCAUCCUCCAGUGUCAGCUCUCUGUCAGAGCCCUGCUCCCGCAGAUCUCUUUUUCCAACAUGGGCUGCGUAAGAGGUUUUCACAAAAAUGAACGUGGGCCUCCAUCUUUGAGAAAGCUAGCUGUACGUCCGUCCCUUCUGGCUGUAGCCUCUCUAACUGCCUAUCGGUGUCAAGGUAAUUGUGUAGAAAGCCUUCCUUCCCAUCUGUGGCUUUCUGACACAUCCUCAGGAUGCUCACAUGCAAACACACUCCUCAGAUAACGCACGGAAUUAGGUAGUAGCUUAAAAGUAGACUAUUCUUAGUUAUUUUCCUAUGAAUGGAUUCAUGCACUUUAAAAAUAUUUUAUUUGGUAUUUAGGAAAAAUGGAUUUUUAAAGAAGUAUAUAUUGUCCCAUUAUAUGAAUACAGACAAGUCAAUCUGUAACUGUCAUAUAUUCAUGGGAUUAGAUAUUAUUGUGGAGUUUAUAAUAUAUACAUUUUGAUUUUGAUGAGUUCCUUCUUUGUGAGGAAUGGGCAAAUUCCAAACCCUAAAGUCUGUGGUUGUAUAGUUAUGUUUAAAGACCACUCUGCAAAAAGUUGCCUUUAAUGUCAGAGCCCAUGGUUCUAAGGUGUGGGAUUGAGUGGCCCUAAUAAUUAUGUAAAAUAAGACGUUUUUUGUGGACAGAGAGAAGGGGGCACAAAUGAAGUUUGUGCUGCUUCAGAACUGUCUUUUAAAUGGACAGUAAAGGGUGUCCAUUUAAAAGGGUAGAACAGAGGCUGGGAAAGGGAACAAACCAUCAUGUCCGUCCUGGAAUUCACUUAGUGCAUUUGUGCUACUUUGUUCACUGGAACUGUUUUGUAAGCCAGAGCCUUACUUGUUCUUCUUGUGCUCAGUGGAGAACUCUCCAGACAUCUGUGCCAUCUACUAGCAGGAUCAGCUAGAUGUUUUGGGGUAGGCCUUUUCUGCUACAUGUAACCCUGACCUGAGGAUUGGUUUCCUGUCUCCAUCCUUUGGGGCUGAAGAGAGAGUCAGUCAGUUCCACUUGUGGUGCAAAAGCCACAGUUAUGAGUGUGUCCUCAAAAGCAUAAUUAAGAUGCAUUUGUCCAACACCACAAACCCUGCAGUCAUGUGAGUGCUUAGGUAACAAGCAGGCCUCCCUAGCCUGACAGCAUUGACAUGUUAAAACCAUACAGAGCACACCACACAGUUUUCUCUGUCAGGGCUUCUAUUUAGAGUUUCUCCUGAGGCUAAACAUCUACUUAACCACUGUCCCUAGUUUUUUUUCCAUGACCAGAAGUGUAGAAUGUCUACACAUUGGGAAAGGGGAAAUCACAUGUUCCCUUCAGACCCUUCACUGUUUGAAAAAUCAAGUGUUCAUCUGAAGGAAGGGACCUGGUGUCCUUGCUGUAUGCAGGUACUUCAUUAAAGGGUCUGUAAAAAGCAAGUCCUUGUAUCCAUUGUGUGCCUGUGGUCAAGGGAGCUGGACACUUCUUCUUUGGGGAGUAGAAAAUGAGGAUCAAAACCCAGGCACAUGUUGGGUAUCCAAUUCCCAAUGACCCAAGCAUGCACUCUGUUCCUGGUAGCAUUUUGGGCAACACUCAGGCAAGAACUUCUGGAUUUCCGUGUAUCUGAUACUGGUCACUUGUCCUUUGUGUAACUUAUAUAACACCUGUGGACAUUCCCAAAGAAGUUUUCUAGGUGAUGUGAUUAGAGAGACUUGUAAUCCCACGUGCAGUGAAACACUGUAAGCACUUUGUAGCCGAUUUGCAGUCACUGUUCCUGCUGAGAUGUAAUAUUGCCCCCUUGAACCAAGAAGACUAACCAGAGACUCUGAACCACUGUCUCAAAGCUAAGAAAACACAAUCAAUGACAUAAAGCCUGAUAGGGUAUCGAUAGUCUGGCUCCUUUACAAAUAGUCAUUCUUUGUGAACUAAGUACAAAGGCAGUACACUGGCUGUGAAGUUGUAGGCCUGGUCCCUGAUUUGAACCCUUGAUCUAAUUAUUAGCAUGUAGGCUACUGGCAUGGCUCUUCAUUUUAAGAUACAAUAAAAAUGGCACCCCAGAGACCGAGAAAUACGCCCUGCUUUAUGAAAUUUCAGUUUCCUGUCAUUUAAUUAGGAAGCUUUUUUGCUUAUCUGGAAGUAAAACUGUGUAUGUAAAAUGGUUUAUGGGAACAGUAUAUUUUCUAAAGUUCUGACAGGAUCAUGGAAGAUUCUGAAGUUUGGAGUUGAAUAAUGUCUAGUCUUACUGAUGAGCCCCUAACUCACUGUGGGUUUAAGGGGUCCUCCUCAACUCCUCAACACUCAGGGUUGAAAUGCCUGGUCUUUAAUGGCUCUUUGUUAUUGUCGUUGUUCAUUCUUAGGUUCAGGCCAGGACUCAUCUAGAAAACAUUAUCUUAAUUCCUUCCCUCAUAUCCUUAAUAGUACAUUUUAUUAAGACGUUUUAUGUUAAAAAUACAUCUGUGUCCUGUUUUGAGAUUAUUGUUCCGUAAGUGAAUUAGCUUUCAUCUAAUCAGUCUGAGUCAUUCCCAUUUAGCUUUGUUAAAGAACAAGCCAGUCUGGAAGAAGCAAUCCCGUGAUGCACGAUGUUGGUCUAUCCAUGUUCCCUUAAUCAUGGGAAGUGUUUUGUUAAAAACAAGCCAGUCUGGAAGAAGCAAUCCCAUGAUGCACAAUGUUGGUCUAUCCAUGUUCCCUUAAUCAUGGGAAGUAUUUCGAAACCCACAGAAGAAAUGUUUGAUGCCUUGUAAUAAAAACCAAAAGCACUUGCAGAUGCUUUGUGAUCAGAGUGAUAGAUUCUAAAGAGCAAAGUGGUUGAGGAUAAUGGGAAGGCAGGGAGGUGCUUGGAGAGUUCCUAAACCACGCUAUGCCAUUUGCUUAUACAUCCAAAGGGCUACUUUGGAGCCACUGCCUGAUCCAUCAGUGGUUAGAAGUGAUUGUGUUUUCUUGGUAAAUGUUUAAGCAGCUGACAACCAUGAAGACAUGCUUUCCUUACUGCUUCAUGCUAUAUGCCGAUGCCAACCAAGGUUACCAAAGGCCUUGAAGGGAAACUAGCACACGGUCUUGUCUUUUUCCUUCAAAAUAUAAACAAGUCCAAACUAAUCAUCCAUUUGAGUCAAUUUGUUUUCCAUGUCUCCCUGUCAUGACAAAUGCUGUCCACAUGUCUGGUCUCCACACUAAGAACUUGGUACCAAUUGUUACUUAGUUCUUCUGCUCUACUGAGUGGUUUUUCUUCGGUCAGACUAUAUUUUCUCACCUCAAGGCACUGAAUGUGUUGUGUUGCUGUGAUACACGGAUGAAUCCUGAGCCAUGGUUUUAACAGCUCAGUUCUGUCGUUUUUAUAUUAUGUGACAGUUUUGUGAGAUGCUUUUGUGCAUUUUUUGUCUUCUUUUCCAAGUUUUGAAAUCUGUCAUGAAUAAACUUUUUCACUGUGCACCUAAAA